AUGGAGAAGGUGAACAUCGAGCCAUGUGUGAAGAUGGACACCCAAACCCUUGAUCUUCUCAAGAUAAGAGAUGAUGUCACAUGGUACAUAAGGAAGCUAGGCUUGAGCAAGCUCUUCAAGCUAGAGUGUAGUGAGUACUCACAACUCACCAAGGAGUUCCUCUCCACAGUAGCUCUUGCCUUUCCCAACCACAAUGGAGACCAACCAGCUGGUGAUGGACUCCUACUCUUCAAGAUAGGCGAUGCCAAUGGGCGCAUCUCCAUCUCAGCUCUAUGCCAACUCUUUGGACUUCCCAAUGAGACAGCACAUGACUUCAAGGAGAACUCAAAGAGGAAACAAGCUGCCUUUGCUGAUUGGACACACUUUGCCAAUGAACCAUUCUUGCCUUCAAGGUCAAAGGUGUCUAGAAUCACUCAUCCAGCCAUUCGCUAUGUGCACCGCCUCAUCUCCACCACUUUCCAAUGCAAACAAGAAGCCAACAAGGUCACAACUGAUGAGUUCUACAUCCUCACCACACCAUUCAUCAAGCAUGAGUACAAGGCCAACCUUGGACUUUUACUUGCCAAGACAUUCAUCAAUGUGAGGAAGCUAGCUCAAGACUUGGAAGGCAACAAGAAGCUUUGUGUUCGUUUUGGGAGGCUUAUCACGGCCAUAGUACUGCAUGUGGGGAUUGACAUUCCCAACUAUGAGCCACUACCCAAGCCAACCCCUUUGGAUCUCCAUGCUCUUCAGCACAUCCACUUCCUAAACCGUUGGACUAAAGACCCAACUCGCCUACGCUCAGGAGUUGUCACUUUCCAGCCCAAUGAGGAAGACUUCUAUGUUCCAUCAAGUGAGAAACCAUCAUUCCCCAUGCUCACCUAUCGCACACUUCAGCAUGCAGUCAAGACUCAACGCCGCCUCCAAGAACGCCAUGUUCUCACUACUGGCAUGGCUGCGCAUCUAGACCGUGUUAACAAGCUGGAGAAGAUAGUGGAAUGCCAAUCUCGCUUCAUCUCGCGCCUAGUCCGCGUAGUUCGCCACAUUGCACCGGAGAGACUCUUUCGCCCUUCUUCCACCGCUAGAGAGCCAUAUGAGCCUGACCUUGGUCUUUUGGAGCAUUCUGGAGCAUAUGGGACACAAGGAGCAUGGAGGGACUUGGCACAUGGAAGCAGCUCAACUGGAUACGCAAAGGAAGAAGGGAGAAGCCAUCUUGAAGACCAGCUCGACCGUCCACUCGACCAACCGGUCGAGUUCCUCAACUCGACCGGCCAAGCUUCAACUCGAUCGAGCUGGAAGUCAAAGUCAAACCCGAAAAAUGUUGCUUCCCCCUUGACUUUCCUUUGA